UUCAGAAGUGUUCGAACUCAUUUUGAGAUAUUCGAAUAUGUGAUUACCCGGGCUGUAUUCGAAUAGUAUUCUAUUCGAUUCUCCCAUCACUAGUUUCACAGGUUUCACUAGGUUGGUUUUAUUUAGGUAUCAAUGAAAGAGUGCGAGUCGAUUUCUAUAUUCGUAACCUAUCUGAAACUGUUGGUAGAUGAUUGAUUGUAACUAAAUAAAACUGGUUGUUAGCAAAUCAGUGGUAACACAAAACAUCAGCCAUGAUAAAUGGAGGAUCUAAAGAUGCACAAUCCAAGCCGUACUUGAUGAAACUGUCUUCCUAUGUCCUUGCAGUUCGACCAUGGUCUCUGAGUGCUUCUGUCAUGCCUACUCUGCUCGGCUGUGCUAUUUCUACAAAAUUCAGUGACACAAGGACCAAUGAAUGGAGUUUCGUUAUUCUUCUGCUCACUUUAGUGAUAAUUGUCUCAGUUCACGGUGCAGGAAAUGUUGUAAACACAUAUUUUGACUAUGUUAAAGGCAUAGACAGUAAAAAAAGUGAUGACCGAACCUUAGUGGAUCAUAUUCUAUCCAAAGAUGAAGUGGUCACUCUGGGAGCGAUGCUUUAUGCAGUGGGUUGUGUCGGGUUCAUCACGCUCGCUGCCGUGUCACCUGCAAAGAUGGAACAUUUAGCUUUGGUUUAUUUCGGCGGCCUCUCCAGUUCGUUUUUGUACACCGGAGGGAUCGGCUUGAAGUACAUCGCUCUUGGUGACGUUAUUAUAUUAAUCAUUUUUGGACCAAUAUCAGUGCUAUUUUCCUUCAUGUCACAAACGGGUCGAUUGGAAUGGGCGACGAUAUACUACGCUAUACCACUAGCCCUCAAUACAGAAGCUAUUUUGCACAGUAACAAUACCAGGGACCUGGAGAGUGACCAACAUGCGGGCAUCGUCACUCUAGCCAUCAUUAUUGGCCACACUGCUUCGCAUAUUCUAUAUGCUUUUUUACUCUUUACACCUUACAUUAUGUUUGUAGUGUCAGCAAUGAGGUAUUCCAUUUGGUUUCUGUUACCCCUGGUAACAUUGCCUUCUGCCUUCAGAAUUGAAAAACAAUUUCGUUGUCCAGAGACGAUCCAGAAAGUACCCAAAGAAACUGCCAAACUCAACUUGUUUUUUGGAUUCCUCUAUGUGCUCUCCUUGAGCUUGGCGGAUACACAACGUCUUCCAUUUAUCAACUAAGUGUUGGUAUUAAAGCAGUUUUUGUAAAUUGUUGAAUUUAACAGUUUACUUAAUUAAUUUCUGUAAAGUUAUCUAUUUUUAAACAAAGACUGUAGCUGCCUAAUUUGCUGGUAAAUUAAAAAUUUAACCAGUCAAUGGAAAAUAUACCAGAAAACAAAAAAAAGUAAAUUACACAACUAUAUCUACAGUGUGGCUUUUAAAUGCUAUGAUCACAGAAUUUAUCCAUCUCGGUGGUAAUAAUGUUAUUUGCUAAGUAUCAUAAAAUACAUUACAAAAUAAUGACACGUUUUCCUGUAUUGCUCAAUGAUUAAAUACUAUACUUAAAUUUGUAAAGAACGGAACAAUAUAUUUGUUUUAGCGAAAAUACUUUUGUUACAAGUUUGUCGAAGGGUCUCAAACAAUGUAUUAAGUUCUAGUACAAGUAUGUGAGGUCACUGUAAACUGAAAUGACAAAUCUUAUUUAUACAAAAUUGUGGCCACAUGGCCCUUUUUACAUGUCAUGUAUGAAAUAAUAGUAUAAUAAUAAAAUAAAACUAACAAAUUAAAAUCUAACUGUACAAAAAAUCCAGUCUGUUAUUUCCAGUAAUACACUCAUAUUUUUUAUAAUUAUUUGUUAUGAGUUGUGUGUAUAACAAUGUGCAUAAUUACUAUCACAUUUUAGAAUUUAGCAGUAGAGACUACUUUAUAAUAAUAACUUCGCCCUCAACAAAGUCAUUUUUUAUUCCAUUUCAUCAAAUGUUAUGUACAUACCAUAAUUUGCCACAUUGAAGUUUACCUUUGUAAGAGCUGUAAUUCCUAUCAGACUCAUGUGUUAUUGGUGUCAUAACACGACAGUUGCAUAAAUUACCAAAACACAAUAUGGUUGUUUAUUUACAAUUUAUGUAAAUACGAGAUAUGUUCAGAAAGUAAUGGGAAUUUUCAUUUUUUUAAAUAAUAUUUAUGUAUUCGUCUAUGUUUUCACCUUCAAAAUAGUCCCCAUUAGAUAUUUUGCAAUUGUGCCAGCACUUCUUUCAAUCCUUUAAACACUUCACAAACUCGAUCGAUGGAAUAGCCUUUAGCUCUUUCAGCGAUGCACUUUUAAUAUCAUUUAUGCUUGUAGAACAACAGCAUAAAAAAAAUAAAGAAAUAUAAAAUAAAAACGUCACACAGAGCCAUGUUUGGAGAAUAUGGAGGAAGGGGCAUCGUUCCUAUACUGUUUUUGGAAAAAAAGUCAUGAAUAAGCAAUGAAGUGUGAGCAGGUGUAUUGCCAUGUUGGAAAAACCAUGGAUUGUUUUGGCACAAAUCUGGGUGUCUUUUCGGAUUACUUCACACAAAUGGCAUUGAACUUCCAGGUAAUACACCUCAUUGACCAUUUGAUUUUAUGGCAAGAUGCAUGAUGCACUAUGCCAUUAAAAUCGAAGAAAACAGUGAGCAUAACCUUCACGUUGGACUGCACUAGUCAAGCCUUUUUCGGUCUUGGCGAUCCUGAAUACCUCUACUUGGACGACUAAGCUUUAGUUUCGACCUCAUAUCCGUGAACUCAUGUUUCGUCACCUUUGCAGCAUUUUUUCAAUAAUUGCAAUGCCGUUGACUUCAUUUAGUAACUUUUGAGCAACCACUGUUUUUGUUCAAAAUUCAACAAUUUUGAAACAAGUUUUGCUGUCACACGUUUCAUACCCAAAACAUUCAAAAAAAUUUCAUGGCAUGAGCCAAUUGAUAUGCCAACAUUAUUAGCGACUUCUCUGCUCGUAUUAUGGUGAUCAUUCAUAAUGAUUUCAUCCACUUUUUUCACGUUUUAAUUGGUUGAUGUGCUGGGACAUCCGGAACGUUCUUCAUUUUCAAUGUCUUCACUGUCAAACAUUCAUAUCACUCGUAAACCCUUGUUUUACUCAGCAAACUCACCAUAGGCGUUUGUUAACAUUUUCCACACUUUGAUACAUUUUAUUUCAUUUUCCACACAAAAUUUGAUUUGAAUUUUUUUAACAAAUGGAAAGUGCAGAUUUCUUAAAACACAUCUAGUCUUAGCAUCUGCCACUGAAAAAGUAAACAAUGCAUACAGCUGGAAAUUUUAGUAUACUUCACAAGCAUGAGUACCAACAUAAUAAAAAAAUCUUGAUAAUCGGAUUUUCCAAACCCACGAAACUUAAAAACUCCUGUUACUUUUAGAACACAUCUCGUAUUGCAAACAAAACAGCUGUAAGGAGGGUAUAUUUUAUGUAUGGCUGUUAGUUUGAAAUAUUUGUAAAAAAUUGAAGCUGUUUUGAUAGUUUAAAAUUUUAAUGUGUUCAGGGUUGUUGUACGUAAUAAGGCCUGGCUAUCAAACUGAGUCAAAGUAUAUGUAAGUACUAUUUGGUUUCAGUUACUUAUUUACUUAAAAUUGUGGCUUUUAAAAUGUUCACUAGUCCAUGUGUUAUUCCAUAAGUCUAUAUACAUAGAGGGUGUUUCAGAACUCUUGCACAAUUUCAGAGAGUGUUCCUCUUAAAGUAAAAUAGUUUUCAUCGUUAUGAGCUUCAUUAUUUCUAUUUCUGUGUCAUUAAACAUUUCCCAAGGAAUUCCAAACCAUAAGAACACAAAUAGUUUAAUGAACGUCUAUUUUAUGGUGUCUAAUUGUAAAAAAAAGUAUCCUUACCUAUUUCAACAUGACUGCUAUUUAACCGAGUGCCAAGAGCAGAUUUAGUAGGCCCUCAAGUAAUUCUGAGAAAUGCCAUGGGACGGCUAGAUUGGCUUUACAAGUACUUUCUAUUUCUGUUGCUUAAUAAUGUUGGCGUUGUACUUG